GGCGGGCGCGGGGUUUAAGCUCGGAGCCGGAGUGGGAGCGGCUUUAAUUGUGUGGGAGAGGAGAGUGGGGGGGGGGAAAAAAAAUGGCUCAUCAUAGUCCAGUGUCAGCCUGUCAGGGGAACGAGCGCUUUAGGAGGAAGCCGCCGCCAUGUCGCUGGUCCAUGGGCAGGAAGCGAGGAGCCGAUGGCAAACUGAGGCGGAUGGGCGAUUCGGACUCCACCGUGUUCGAGGAUGAGAUCAAGGAUUGGGAUGAAGCUCCUUCUUGGUCAGAUGGCAGGGUCUCCAGUUUCACAACACCAGAAAGUGAUGGAGUGGUCCCCAGACAUGGUUCUGCAGACUGGGGCACUGCAGUAGAAGAUGAAGAAACAAGACAGAUUGUUUAUCGAGAUUUGAAGAGAUACAAAAGACGACUUUUGCUAAAUGACUUUAAUGAACAUGAAAAGGAUUACUCUUCUGAAAGUUCGAGUGGCUCCAGAGAAUCAUUAGCACCCUCAGAACUUGAAACUGAUGAAGUGGUAUUGAUGAGAAGACAGAAGCAGAUCAACUAUGGAAAGAAUACCAUUGCGUAUGAUCGAUUCAUUCAGGAAGUUCCCAAACAUCUUCGGAAGCCAGGCGUUCAUCCAAGGACUCCAAACAAGUUCAAGAAGUUUAGUCGUAGAUCCUGGGACCAGCAGAUUAGAUUGUGGAGAAUUGCACUGCAUGCUUGGGAUCCACCAGCAGAAGAAGGAAGUGAUUUACAGGCAGUCACGGAGUUUGAUUUUGAUAUGGAAACAGAAUCUGUGAACAGCUCAAGUGGAAGUCGAACAAGUCUUCAUGAUGAGAGAGGAUGCACUCCCAGCAACACACGUGCACCAUCUCCUCAGAUAUCUUGCUCCACUCCAACCAGAGAAUUUGUCUACCCUCAUGUGGGCAAGGAGUUCGAUUUGCAAGCUUGUUUGGCUGAAACCAAUGAAGUUAGCUCUUGGUUAAACUAAAGGAGGCUGCUUGGUGUUGAGAAUCUUGCAUUGAGGAAACAGGUCUACAGUUGCUGUGGUGAUCUCAUGAACCUAAAGGGGCUUAGUGUUUUUGUUUUUUUUUACAUUGUAUGCCAUGUUGUGUAGAUUUGUCUGUAAUGUGCAGUGCAGCAAAUCCAUUAAUGUAAUUGCUUUUUGGUUACCUCUGAAAUACACUUUUUCAACUAAUUAUAGUGGAUAAGAGUGUCCAAAUUCCAAUGUUAAACCUUGUCCCUACGUAGGGUUGGGUUGACUUACCCCCCCACCCCCACCCGCUUCAACAAUUUUUUAAGAUAAGGAUAGCACAUAUCUUUGGGGAAAUUAUGGCACCAGAAUGUCAUGAAUCCCACUUUCAAACAUUGAUGUUUCUUUGGCUUUAAUGAUGCUUUGCAACAAAACUUGGUUUCUUUCUGAACACCGCUGGGGCCUGGGGGAGAAUUUGAGCCUUUUCGUCAUUGGGUUGGGUCAGUAUGCAGGUGGGAGUGUCAGAAUUAACAUGGACUAUUUCUAUCCUGUAGUUGCUAGAUUACUCUUGUUAUGUUUUCAGUGUUUUAUUCUUGGAGGAGUGUCAAUUAUCUUGUUCAAAAUCAGAUGCAAUAUCUGUUGUUAAAGCAAUGCUAAUUGCUGCUGUCUCCCAUUUGAGAUUGAAUAAAGUUAACACUUUUUGUAUCUUGGUAAUGUUUGACCUGUGAAUUUUAGAAAUGCUGUCAUGUGUUUUUGAUUUAACAGAUCUGCAUAAAUGUAAUCCAUUGGUGUAAAGUUUAAUUUCCUAAUGGAAAACUGUAAUAAAUUCAAUUUUGUAAUGUUUUUAUUUUGUAUUUAAAGCAACUUGUCUUGCAUGUGGCCAGACUCCAGUUUGAUAUUGUAGACAUCUGAAAUUAUUUGCUAUUGAAAUAUAAAUUGUUGAACUCAGCAUUUUUAAUAUUUCUAGUUUUUUUGUAAAUCUGCAGCUGUACAAUAAAACUUGGAUUGCCUAUU